AUGGCGCGGACUCACUUCGCCGUGGCAGCGGUCCUGCUGCUGGCUUGUGCGGCUCUCGGCAGUUCAGCCGCCUGCACGCCCACCAUCGCCAGCGGCUCCGCCUUUUUUGGCGGCGCAGACAAGGCGGCCGCAGACAAGUACGUCAAUCAGGCCGCCCGCUGGCAGACGUUUGGUGACAUCACCAGGCUCGAGGUGUACUACUCCUCGACAGCAGGGUGCAUUUACGGGAUCAAGCCGACAUAUGGCAGGAGCGCCGCCAACGCGGCGCUGCUGGGGCUGGAUAAGAUGACUGGGCUUAACCACACGCUCACCCUGGGGGCCAAUGAGACAAUUAUCAAGGUCCAGCACAAGUCUGGCGGCAAGUGCAUCGAGUACAUCAGCCUCUCGACCACCAAGAACCGCACCUUUUCGGUCGGCAACAUCAAGAGCGCGACCGCCACGGCCACCCUUACCCCUCCCAAGGCCGGCGCGUUCCUUGCGUCCAUCCGCGGCUGGGUCACCAAGGCGGGCGCCCUGCAGGCCCUGCAGCUCGUCUGGGGCGCCCGCGACUGCCCGGCCGCCGCCCCGUCGCCGGCCGCGUCGCCCAAGGCGAGCCCCAAGCCAGCUGCGGCGUCGCCGUCGCCGGCGGCGUCCCCCAAGGCGUCCCCUGCCGCGUCGCCCAAGGCGGUGCCGAAGUCCUCGCCCACGCCCACGCCUACGCCCACGCCCAGCCCCGCCGCCACUCCCAGCCCUAGCCCCAGCCCCGUGCCCGUGGCCGAGAGGCAGAUCUGCGCCCCCAAGCUCGACAUGUGCGACGAGACGUCCCUCGGGCUCCUCAACACCUGCCGCGCCGCCCGGCCGUUCACCUCGUCCAAGUGCGUCGGCGGUUGCUGCAUCAGCAGCGGCAAGUGCAAGUACGGCAACUGCUUCGCCAACGGCCUCGGCACUGACGCAGGCCUGGCAUGCUUUGGCACCAACGCGCUGCCCAGCCCGCUCGCGCUGCUGGGCAACCGCUGCGGCCACCUCGCCUGCAAGCUGGCGGUGCCCGGCUGCAAGACGACCUUCCUGGGCGGAAACUGCGUGGGGACGGUGGUCGCGCUGGCAAACGCCAGCCAGCUGCACCCCCAGGGCGCCCAGUACGUCGGCCACCCCUGUAUCGAGUCGCUGCCCACCAGCCCGCUGGCCCAGAUCGCGAGCAAGGAGUUCAUCUGGGCCAACUGGAAGGUCUGCAACUGCAUCGACAAGGCGUACACGCUGCCCACCUUCAACCUCUCCAGCUUCCACCUGCCGUCGCUCAAGAUCCCGGGCGUGAGCUCCAUCAAGCUGCCCACCAUUGGCAUCUCCAACCCCUUUGCAAACAAGGCCGCGCCGUCGCCCAGCCCUGCGUCCGACGACGGCGGCGACGCGUCGCUCGGCGCGGGCGGCGGGCUGACGGCCCUUAAGGACCUCGUGUUUGGCGGCCUGAGCAGCGGCUCCGGCAGCAGCGACCCCUUCAGCGACUUUAUAACCUCGGACAACUCGACGGCCUCCGCCGCGGCGGGCACCGAGGAGGCUGGCGCGGCGCUGGAUGCGGGCGCGGGCGGGGAGCUGGAUGCAGGGGCGCCGGCCGCCGACGACAGCCAGUCGCUGGCGGCGUGA